GCAUUUACUGCGGUCCUCAUAUCCCAUGCUUAGCGUUGUUUGUAUGUAAUCGAACGUUUUCCCGCCUGUAGGUUUGCAUCAAGAGUUCUGCACCGUUGUCCUUAGAGCAAAAUGUCGGGAAAACGCAAAUCUCCGGACGGAAACUCCUCAGGCUCGGAGGAGUUCACUGUGGAAAAGAUUCUGGACAAGAGAGUCCGCAACGGGCGCGUGGAGUACUUCCUCAAGUGGAAAGGCUACCCCGAUUCAGAAAACACAUGGGAGCCGCACUCCAACUUGGAUUGUCCUGAGCUGAUCCAAGAGUUUGAGGACAACCGCAAGAAACGGGAAGAGAAGAAGCGUUCAGCAGGAGCCAAGGCCAACGGUGCUGCUGAGGAGCCCAAAAAGAAGAAAGCAAAGACAGCCUCCGAGGUACGGCAGCCAUCAGAGGAGGAGACGCAACCUCGCGGCUUCGAUCGGGGGCUGGAGCCAGAGCGGAUCAUCGGUGCUACAGACUCCAGUGGGGAGCUGAUGUUUCUGAUAAAAUGGAAGAACAGCGAUGAGGCAGACCUGGUUCCAUCUCGGCUGGCCAACGUGAAGUGUCCCCAGGUGGUGAUUCAAUUCUACGAGGAGAGGUUGACCUGGCACACGAGCUCAAGCACGGCCAAGUCCGAAGACGCCGAGGAAGCUUCGUGAGGGACACAGCGGAUGCAGGCCUCUUCCGGUCGUCCUUGCGCGCUCCGCGAAUUGGCCUGAAUUACGCGCAGAAACCCCCCAGUGAGGAUGACGGACCUGAGCACGUGCCCCUUGGGACGACAGCAUUACACAGACCAAGUCGGCAAAGUUGCUGCUGGUGGUCGCGGGCGGGAUAAGCCUCUCGCAGCUUCGACACGGGCCCUAAACCUUGUGUUGCCUUGUGUAGGACUCUCUGGCCUUUGGUGACACCCCCGUGGAGUAAAGCGAGUGGCCGUAAUUUCAUUGAUCACUAAUGCGCAGGACGGCUGGACGUUUAGUGCUGCGUGGGCCAGGGGCACAUGCUGUGGUCCAUUGGCUUGUAUCACAGUGGCCGCUGUGGCAUCCCACCCACAAUUGGCUGCCAAAAUGCGGGACACCUUAUUGAUGAUACCCACUGCGUUUUUUUGUUUUUUUUUUUUUUCCACUUUUCCGGGGAGUGAUUAUGUAAAUGAGUAGAUAUAAGGUUUGAAGAGGGAGAAAAAUUGUGAGGAUUUUAGCUUUCUUUUUCCCCUCUGCCCCAUUGUUCUUUUCAAACUUUUUACCUCCCCCUUUAUUCAUUUCCUUUUUUUUUUUUUUUUUUAGCCAACAGGCUUCCAGUGUGUUUGUGGAAAGUCAUACCGCAUGUUUAUUUUUACACAUUCACCCUCUUGCGUUUCCUCAUAGCGCGCUCAUCUAUGUGCUUUUGUUUUAGUGGCGGUUGCGGCGGCUCCUUGAGCCCAUAUACAGUGAGCACGAGGCUGUGUUCAGUUUGCACACCUUUCGUUUUAUGUCAUUGAAUCCCCCUUUCUCUUGCUGUUCAUGUCACUUUGGUAACUGGUGUUUCUCUCCAAGAUGCGGGCCAGAUGCGCCACAUCAAGAAGGCCUGUCAAUUACGUCCAGGCUGUCGAUCGAACUGUGCCACCAAUCGUGUACCAUAGCAGCCUGCAGAGGUUGACUUGUCAUUUGUACUGCAGUCCUGCACUUGCGUUCAUGGAAUGCCCGCGUCCUGGCCAGUGGUCAAUAAAAGUGAAGAGGCCCAUGCUGUUGCAUUUGUUA